AUGGCAUCAUCCACAACGCAACACCUCCUCCUCUCGCCCGCCGAGCUAGCCUACCUGCACACCUCCCUCUCCCUAACGCCCCCCGUCCGUCCCGACGGCCGCACCGCAGCCCAAUUCCGCCCGCUAACAGCCGAGACCGGGGUCCUGCCCGCCGCCAACGGCAGCGCGCGCGUGUGUUUCGCAGACGGCACCGAGGCCGUCGUCGGCGUGAAAGCCGAGGUCGAGAAGCGUCGUGUCUUGCCGCUUAGCCGCGUGUACUACGAGAACAAGGAGCUGCGGCGUAAGGAGGGGAAUGCGCAGGAUGAGCAGAUACAAGGAGACGGCGGGCUAGAUGGGGAGGAGGCAGUGUCGGGCGAGAACGACUGGGUCGAGAUCACGGUUGAGAUCCCCGGGUACAGGGACGACGAUAGCAGCACCGUGUUCUUAGCUACGAUGCUAAGCGAGGCGCUGUUGGCCGACGGCGAGUUUACCAAGAAGUUAUGGAUCAACCGACGAUUCCACUGGAAGCUGUACAUUGAUAUCAUCCUCAUCUCCCCGCCACUAUCCUACCCGCUACCCCUCCUUAGCCUAACGACCCAUCUCGCACUGCUCUCCACACGCCUGCCCCGGUUAAAAUCCGAAGCAGACGAGGACCCCAUGUUCGACGACGACUGGGAUGCCUCGCAAUUCAUAUAUCCGCGACAGAGCAGCGAUACAACAUCCGCCACGGUUGGUUCGCGACCGCCUGUUACCCUGCUGGUUAUGGCCGUAGGCGACAAUAUUAUUUUCGACCCAUCUAAGGAGGAGCUAGCCGUCGCAGACACUGCGCUGGCGGUCUCUGUAGGCGAGAGGAAUGUAUCAAGUGACGAGGCGUCGGAAACGAUGGAGGUGGACGGCGAGCUGCAGACGGGCAGACACUUGCGACUAUUGUCGGUGCGAACGAUAGACCCGCCCUCGCGGCUAACAGCGCCGGGAGUGCCUAACGCGGUAAACGCAGCGGCGUGGGGACAGGGGGUGCCCGCGGCCAAGGACCCGGGAGCCCGUGCGGCGGAGACGGACGACGUGGAAGGCGUAUGGAAGGCGCCGAGGGGAGGAACUAAGGUAGCCGUCCUUGGGGCCAUAGUGCAAAAGGUACUAGAGAAAGGGGGCAUAGCGGACGAGGUAUUGGACGGUCUAGACGCUGUCGACUUGGGAUAG